GUUCUUUAGUACUCCAUACAUACAAUUUAGAGUAGUGCAAUUUAGGUUGUCUUCUAAUUUCAUUUCUUUAAAAAAACUAAUUAUUUUUUUCAAGGGGAAAGAGAAAUACUCCUGAAAAAACAAAUCCUCCACUUGAAUACAACACUAAGCUUUAGUAUAUCGGUGGCAAUCACACCAUUCCCUAUAUCAAAUCCCUGUCUUUUUCAUCUCACUCAACUCACAAAACAUCCACUCUUCUGUACUCUCUCAAAAAAGCUCUCAUCUUUUUAUACCCAUUUCAAGAAAGAAAAAAACUUUCUGCUAAGGUAGAAGAAAGCUUAGUUCUUGUGGGUGGUUAAGAAUGGCGGGAAAUGAUUGGAUUAAUAGUUAUUUAGAGGCAAUUCUUGAUGUGGGUCCUGGACUUGAUGAUGCAAAAUCAUCUUUGUUAUUGAGAGAAAGAGGCAGGUUUAGUCCUACUCGUUAUUUUGUUGAAGAAGUCAUCACUGGUUUUGAUGAAACUGAUCUUCAUCGUUCAUGGGUUCGGGCACAAGCAACAAGGAGUCCACAAGAAAGGAAUACAAGAUUGGAGAAUAUGUGUUGGAGGAUUUGGAAUUUGGCUCGCCAGAAAAAACAGCUUGAGAAUGAAGAAGCUCAACGGAAGUCGAAACGUCGUAUGGAGCUUGAGAGGGGACGUAGGGAAGCAACUGCUGAUAUGUCGGAGGACUUGUCGGAAGGAGAGAAGGACGUUUCAGCUCAUGGGGAUGGCAACCAUAAAAGGUUGCCAAGAAUAAGCUCUCUUGACGCUAUGGAGACUUGGGUUAGUCAACAAAAGGGGAAAAAGCUGUACCUUGUUCUGAUAAGUCUACAUGGUUUAAUUCGAGGUGAAAACAUGGAACUUGGCCGUGAUUCUGAUACUGGUGGUCAGGUUAAGUAUGUGGUUGAACUUGCAAGGGCUCUAGGCUCAAUGCCAGGAGUUUACCGAGUUGAUUUACUGACUAGGCAAGUUUCAGCUCCUGAUGUGGAUUGGAGUUAUGGGGAACCUGCUGAGAUGCUUAAUCCAAGGGAUAACCAUGGCUUUGAUGAUGAUGAUGAUGAAAUGGGGGAGAGCAGUGGUGCAUACAUUGUUCGUAUACCAUUUGGUCCAAGGGAUAAGUAUAUCCCAAAAGAAGAGCUUUGGCCUUAUAUUCCUGAAUUUGUUGAUGGUGCUCUAAACCACAUCGUUCAGAUGUCCAAAGUACUGGGUGAGCAAGUUGCUAACGGGGAACCCGUUUGGCCAGUGGCCAUUCAUGGACAUUAUGCUGAUGCAGGUGAUUCUGCUGCUCUUCUGUCUGGUGCCCUAAAUGUUCCGAUGCUGCUAACAGGGCAUUCACUUGGUCGAGACAAAUUAGAACAGCUCCUCAAACAGGGUCGAAUGUCUAAAGAUGACAUAAAUAAUACAUACAAAAUAAUGCGUAGGAUAGAAGCCGAAGAGCUAUCACUUGAUGCCUCUGAGAUAGUCAUAACUAGUACAAGACAAGAAAUAGAAGAGCAAUGGCGACUCUAUGAUGGGUUCGAUCCCACUCUAGAACGUAAACUCCGAGCUAGGAUGAAGCGUGGUGUAAGCUGUUAUGGAAGGUUUAUGCCACGGAUGGUUGUUAUUCCUCCUGGAAUGGAGUUUCAUCAUAUUGUUCCACACGAGGCUGAUAUGGAUGGUGAAAUAGAAGAAAAUGAAGAACAUCCCACAUCACCUGAUCCGCCUAUCUGGGCUGAGAUAAUGCGCUUCUUUUCUAACCCAAGGAAGCCGAUGAUCCUUGCCCUUGCUAGGCCCGACCCAAAGAAGAACAUCACGACUUUGGUCAAAGCAUUCGGAGAAUGCCGUCCAUUAAGAGAGCUAGCUAAUCUUACUCUUAUUAUGGGUAACCGGGAUGGUAUUGAUGAGAUGUCAAGUACCAAUUCAUCAGUUCUUAUGUCAGUGCUUAAGCUAAUUGACAAGCACGACCUUUAUGGUCAAGUAGCGUACCCUAAACAUCACAAGCAAGCUGAUGUUCCUGAGAUUUAUCGUUUGGCCGCAAAGACAAAGGGAGUUUUUAUAAAUCCAGCUUUUAUUGAGCCAUUUGGACUGACACUUAUAGAGGCAGCAGCUCAUGGUUUACCGAUGGUUGCCACUAAGAAUGGAGGCCCUGUUGAUAUCCAGAGGGUUCUUGAUAAUGGCCUUCUUGUGGAUCCUCAUGAGCAGCAGUCUAUUGCUACUGCUUUGCUGAAGCUUGUUGCAGAUAAACAAUUAUGGGCAAAAUGUCGGCAAAAUGGACUGAAAAACAUUCAUCUCUACUCUUGGCCUGAGCAUUGCAAAACGUACCUAUCUCGUAUAGCUAGUUGUCGACAAAGGCAACCUCAGUGGCAAAGUAGUGAUGAAGGGUUCGACAAUCAAGAGCCCGAAUCCCCAAGUGAUUCUUUGAGAGAUAUAAAAGAUAUUUCUCUAAACUUGAAGUUCUCAUUAGAUGGAGAAAAAAGCGAGGAUGUUGAAAGUCUUGGAAAUGAUUAUGACAAUAAAAACACUUUAGAGAAUGCCGUUAUGUCAUGGUCAAAGGGCGUGCAUAAGGAUGCUCGGAAGGCUAGGUUUUCUGAUAAUAAAGUAGAUCAGGCUUCUACGAAAUUUCCGGCAUUUAGGAGGAGGAAACAUAUAUAUAUUAUUGCUAUAGAUGGGGAUUAUGAUGAUGGGUUUUCUGAAAUUGUUCGAAAGAUAUUUGAUGCUGCUGGUAAGGAGAAGACGGAAGGCAGUAUAGGAUUUAUAUUAUCGACAUCCUAUUCUAUGCCCGAGAUUCAGUCAUAUUUGGUUACGAAAGGCUUCAGUAUUAAAGAUUUUGAUGCUUACAUAUGCAACAGUGGCAGUGAUUUGUACUAUUCAUCUCUGAACUCAGACGAGAGUAGUAUUGUAGCAGAUUCAGAUUAUCAUUCACACAUUGAAUACCGGUGGGGUGGAGAAGGCCUUAGGAAGACUUUGCUUCGCUGGGCAGCUUCCAUCACUGAAAAGAACAGUGAAAAUGAAGAAGUCGUAGUUGAAGAUGAGGAAGUUUCUACAGAUUAUUGUUUUGCUUUCAAAAUAAAGAACCAAGAUAAGGUUCCUCCAACUAAGGAGCUCCGCAAGUCGAUGAGGAUCCAGGCACUCCGUUGCCAUGUCAUUUAUUGUCAAAACGGGACUAAAAUGAAUGUAAUUCCAGUUCUAGCAUCGCGUUCUCAAGCCCUCAGGUAUCUAUAUGUGCGUUGGGGCAUCGAUUUGUCAAAGAUGUUAGUCUUUGUUGGAGAAUGUGGAGACACCGAUUACGAAGGCUUGCUUGGCGGAGUCCACAAGACCAUAAUACUGAAGGGAGUUGGCAACUCUUCAUUUAGUUCCCUCCAUGCCAACCGGAGCUACCCUCUUUCACAUGUUGUUUCGCUCGACAGCCCCAAUAUCUUUGAGAUUAGGGAUGGAUGCAGCAGCUCCGAAAUCCAGUCUGUUGUGGCAAAACUCAGAGUUUCAAAAAAUUAAUCAAUGAUCACUAACAAAGCCGCAGCAGUUUUCCGUUUACAUAUACAUGUAUAAGGUUUUAUUGUUAGGUUCCCAAAACAUAAUGUGCUUUGUGCUUCCAAAAAACAUAAUAAUUAAAAGUGGGUUAUUACUUAUUAGUGAUUAGUCUUUUAAGAGUCAUAUAAUUAUACACCCACUUAAUAAUGGUUUAUUUCCCAAAUGUUAUAUAAAGGUGCAAUACAAAUGACAGUAUGGAAAUUAUGUUGCUCCCUGCACUUUUGAUCUUUUCCCUUAAUUCUUUCUGCAAAAUGAUGUAACAAUAAUUAUCAGAAUUGUACAGUCCAUGUUAGAAUGAUUUAUUCCACAUCGACAAUUUAAAGUUGGUGUUGUGCACAUUUAUAAGCUAUUGGAGAUCUUCCCAUUGCCAUAUGGUUUUA